AUGUCGACCGCAAAGUCGGCAAGUGGAACGCCGAGUUCGUCUUCUUUGACUAAGUCGCCUAGCUCUUCUUGGACUACAAAGAAUACGAUCCUGAGCAGCAGUAGUGCGUCCACCAUAUCCGUUAGUACCAAAGACGCGAAAACGAUGCCCAUUUCGUCGGCCUAUCCCCAUUCUUCUACUGCCGAGCCCACGAGCAGUUCUACAAGUUCGUCUUCCUCGUCUACACUGGGAAGCCCGACGUCAACCUUGGCCUCCAUCGCAUUAUCAACUGCAGUGACCACGAUGCUGUCCAAAAACAUGUCGACUAGCUCAUGGUCGUCGAGUGCUGCAACGAGCUUGGAGCCCACCACCGGAAUUUCGGCUUCUGAAAGUUCUUCUCCCGGCCCGAGUUCCUCUGAGAAACUUACUUCUCAAACAACAGCCAUUUCUGCGGGUUCGACGCUCACAGCGAAGGCAACAACCACGACCACAAGCGCUACCGAAGUGGCUUCGACUUCAGACACUAGCAGCCUUGCUACCGAUGCUACGAAAAGCGAGCCACGAACUAGCACAUCCGCUAACAUCCCGACGACGUCAGCUUCAACAUCUUCAACGGAUAAACCUGUUUCUCAAAUCACGACUUUGAGCGAGUCCACUACCGCAAAGUCCAACAUUACUGAAGCUUCACCUGUUUCAUCUACAAUGAUAAUCGCCACGACGAGUGGCGGCGCGCCCUCCACAAAGUCAUCAAGCCAAAGCAGUGGUACCUCUUCUGGCACAAAAAUGACCUCGUCGUUUGUCGCUUCAGCAAGUACGUCAGCAACUUCAAAUCCUCAGGCCCAGACCUCAAUAGACUCGUCGUUUACGAGCAGUAUAUCUCGCGAAACGACAGACAUGUCGUCAGCGAAGACGAGUGAUCGUGAGGCCACUUCUAAAUCUCCUACGGCGACCGGCGGAUUUUCAUCGACAGCUUCGACUACCACUCAUCAAGGGGCUUCCACGCCAACGGUCAUACCCGAAGGCACAACGACUCAUCAAGAGACUUUCACAUUAUCGUCAAAGACGCGCAGAUUUGCCAGCAGUUCUUCAAUAGUCACAUCGAGUACGGUUGGAGCGACGACUUCCAAACCCGAGACCUCCGCUAGCCCCGUGACAGACACUCAACCGCCUUCAAAGCAAUCGCCUUCCACUGACACCACUAUGGUAUGGACAACGGCCAGGGAGGCUUCCACGUUUAGGAGCAGUCCAAUGCUUCCAACAACAUCAACUGUGAUACUUUCAUCAAGCACCGUGGAGGCCACCACCACCCAAUCGUUCAGCGACCGAAAUGAUACGUCGUCAACCGCUUCAAUGACCACAGUGCCGAGCUCAGCUACCGUGACAACACCCAACAUUGCGAGUGAGACAUCAACUCAACCACCCACCUCGCAAAACCUGGCGGAAACAUCGUCAACAGUCGCAACGGGUUUUACCAUUUCCGAUGUAGAGACAUCGACUUCUUCUCAAACAGCCGGAAGCAGUACAGCGCUUUACGGCACAUCGAGCACAACGAUCGCGCCGCCAGACACUUCAUCUGUCACAAGCCACAGUACCCCAGCAACCGUCAGCAAGGGGGAAACCACAACUAAAAGAAUCAAGUCAUUUUCCAGCACGACUUCACCAAGCACCAGCAACAUCCCGACCAUGACUGACCCAACUAUCAAGAGAAGCAGUACGAUACCACCUGGUUCGACCAUUUAUACGUUUUCAAUGUCUAGCAGCAAUCCCACAUCCUCGCGAAGUUUUUCAACAUUCGCCCGACACGAUCAACGAAUGAGGCAA